ACACUCUGCGUGAGGCCCUCCCAUUUUUAUUCUGGAAGUCUCGUGACGUAACGACGCCGUGCGCUACGUUCGCAAGGCAAGAUGGCGGCGUCCUGAGCAGUCAAUUCUUCUGCAUGAUUUUCACUAUUAUUUUGUAGAGCUUUCAGAAAGUACAUAAAGAUGCCUGCAGUACUGAACCUCAGCAAUGAGGUGGUCAAGAUGAGGGCGGAGGUUAAAAGGGUGAGGGUGCUCCUCAUCCGGAAACUCGGCCGUCAGAUCACAGCCCUGGAGAAGAAGAAAGGAAAUGAGGCAGCCGUAGAGAAGUUCCGCAGGCGAGCAGCGAAACUUCGUGAGGAGAUCCGUGAACUGAAAGUUGUUGUUCCUGACAGCGUCACCAAGGCCGCCUUACAGAAGGACAUCAGCUUUGACAAAGUGUGCCGGGAUAAAGAGGCCAGCCUAUCCGACCGGGCCAUCGCCCGCAUCGCCACACAUCCACAGUUCAGCAAGAGAAUCCAAAGCAUAAAAGCAGCCAUCAAAGCUUUCAAAGAGGAGAGAAUAAAUGCAAGAAAAGCAGAAAAACAAGCAAUAGACAGAGCAGAAAAUGUCAUGUCGCACGGUAAUGAUGAAGAUGAUGUUGGUUCGGAGAAAUCAAACGAUGAUGAUGAGAAAUUGAAAGAGGAGGAGAGUCGCAAAAAGACAGAUGAACAGCAAGAGGAGACUGAUGGUUCCUCACAGGAGAGCCAGAAGACGAGUCUGGAGACAUUAAAAGAACAGACCAAUCAGUGCCGGAAGGAAGAAACAUUAACAGUUGAGGACUCAUCUGAAACAGUGGCUGUCCCAAUGGAGGUGAUCAGGAUGAGAAAGGAAGUGAAGAGGACAAGGGUGCUGAUCAUCAGUAAAAUGGCAGAGCAAGUGGCUUCUCUGAAGAAGAAGAAGGGUCAGGAAUCUGAGGUGAAGGAAAGCCAAGAGAGAGCAGCAGAAAUCCUGAAAGAAAUCAAGGCUUUAAGGAGUCUUAAACCAGAUCAGGUGACCAUGACAGCACUUCAGGAGAACGCUGAACUUGAGAAGGUUUUGCAGGACCCUCAGGCAAGCCCACUGGACAGAGCCAUCGCACGUAUCAUCACACAUUCCCGCUUCAUCAACAAGCUCCAGAAGGUCAAAGAAGCCAUUGAAGAAGAAAGAGCUAAGGCUGGUAAAGCUGAGUUGAAAAACACUGACAGACUAAACAUAGCGGAGUCCAAGAAUGAAGAUGAGGAACCAGAAGAGAAAGAUGAGGAACCAGAGGAGAAAGAUGAGGAACCAGAUGAUGAUGACGAUAACGAUGACAGCAAGGAGGAGGAUGAUGUAGUAGAGGAAAAAUUGAAGAGUUUGUCCACUGAGAUCCAUAAGUCUGGUGUUGUAGAGCCGUCCGAGAGUAAAGACCCUGAUGCUUUUGAAUUACCACCAUCCAAGAUCAUCACAACAUCUUCAGAAAAAUCCAAAGGGGAUAAAAAUAAAUUAAAGAAUGUAGAGGCCAUGGUUCCAAAUGUCCAAAGUUCUCCUGAAAAGUCUUCAACUGUAAGCAGCACAAAGUCUAUGCCACUGAAGAACGUUAGUAAAGCAGUAGAGGAAAAAUUGAAGAGUUUUUCCACUGAGAUCCAUAAGUCUGGUGUUGUAGAGCCAACCAAGAGUAAAGACCCUGAUGCUUUUGAAUCACCACCAUCCAAGAUUAUCACAACAUUUUCAGAAAACUCCAGAGGGGUCAAAGUUAAAUCACAGAAUGCAGAGGCCAGUGCUCCAAAUACCCAAAGUUCUCCUGAAAAGUCUUCAACUCUAAGCAGCACAAAGUCUACGCCUCCAAAGAACGUUGGUAAAGCAGACAAAGAAAUGGAGAUCACCUUAAAGACACAAAAGAAACAAGACCUACCUGAGACCAAGAAGCUUGAGGCAGAUGAAGAGAGCGAUUUAUCAGAUGAUGACGAGGAGGAGGAAGAGAAGGAAUAUUUCGAUGACAGCACAGAAGAACGUUUCCAUAAGCAAUCGUCUCUGUCUGAAGACAGUGAUGAUGAUGACUUCUUCCUGGGCAAAGUGAGCAAAUUCAAGAAAAAGAAAAGCAACCCAAAACCUGACAAGGAGGCCACCAGCAAACCUCAGGAGACAAGCCUCGGCAAACUACAGUCUGUGUUUUGCUCAACUUUGUCCAAAUCCAACGUCUCCUCUCAGAAAGCACAGUAUAGGUCUCACAAUGAUGGGUCAAGACCUCCUCGAUUCCAGAGCCAGAGUAAAGGUCCUGAGAGUAGGAUGAAAACAUCUCAAUAUAAAGGCCAAGACGUUGGCACUGAUAGGAAGAUGGGUUCUUUCAGACCCAACAGACAGACUUUUAAUGUUGCUGGACAAAGGCAAGCAGGACCUUCAGGGGCAGGGUGGGGAAGGUCACAGUUUGAGCAGUAUCAGAACCAGAAUCUCAGAGGUCCACCUGGAAACAUGUCAAAACCACCCCAGCAGUCCCUUCAUCCCUCAUGGGAGGCUAGCAGGAAAAGAAAGGAACAGCAGACGCAAAUCACAGCAUUCCAAGGGAAAAAGAUCAGAUUUGAUGAUGAUGAUUAAGAAAGGUCUGCUAAAGUUCAUUUAAUGCUUUCGUGUUUUGAUUACUAUGUUUUGAGCUAUUCAGUGUGAAUUUGUAUUAAAACACACAGAUAAAACACAAUUGUAUUUUUGUUUCUUUACAAUGAAGGUCUCUUAACAGUGUUAAUUUCCUGUCAUGUCUCCUACAUAUUUCUUAGAUAAAACUGUAUUAAAGUGUUUUUUUUUCUUCUUCAAUUGCAUACUUAAAGGGAUAGUUCACUCAAAAAUUAAAGUUCUGUCGUUAAUUACUCACCCUCAUGUCGUUCCAAACCCAUGACUUUCGUUCAUCUUUGGAACACAAAUGAAGAUCUUUGAUGAAAUCUGAGAGCUUUCUGUCCCUCCAUAGACAGCUACACAACUGACACUUUGACACUUUAAAAAGUUCAUAAAGAUUGUAAAACUAAUCCAUAUGAAUUGAGCGGUUUAGUCCAAAUUUUCAGAAGAAUCUUGAUCACUUAAUAUGAAAAACAGAUUUAAUUUAGCUUUUAUUCACAUACAAACAUUGAUCAGUGAACCGAACCUGCUUGACGCGUGAGAACAAACCUCUUCCGGAAGCUCAAACAUGCUGCAUAACACAUGAGAAUGAACCUCAUAGGUUUAUAUGGAAGCUCAAUUCAAUCUGUUCAUCAGAUUAAUAUUUGGACUAAACCGCUCAAUUCAUAUGGAUUAGUUUUACGAUCUCUUUAUGAACUUUUUGAAGCGUCAAUUGUGUUGCUGUCUAUGGAGGGACAGAAAGCUCUCAGAUUUCAUCAAAAAUAUCUUCAUUUGUGUUCCAAAGAUGAACGAAAGUCUUAUGGGUUUGGAACGACAUGAGGGUGAGUAAUUAAUGACAGAAUUUUCAUUUUUGGGUGAAAUAUCGCUUUAAAGAUUUUUAAGUCCUCAUUGGUAAAGUAUAUUGUAGCUAAUUAGCUCAUAAUAUGGCUAAUUUGAUCACUUUUGCCUGUUGUGUUUCAAAUGUUGCAAUGCAUUUUUCUGUUGGAUAGUUUUCCAAAAACUAUAAUGCAGAUUGUACUGUAUACACAGAACCCAUAUAUUGGUGGUGGUGGGAAGAAGAUUUGAAAUAAAGUCCCUCUCAGUGUUA